AUGGUUUCCACUGCUCGUAGGAUAGUCCAGCCGACAGUUGAAGAUGCUCCCGAUGAGGACGAAUUUGCUGCUGUCAAUCCAAUUGGCUCUGACGACAUUAAUUCGAGUGAACGAUACUCAUUGGAACCACAGCAACGAGCCGACUAUGCUCCUAUUGACUUGGCCAUUGGUGAUUCUAUGAGGUUUUUGAGUGAAGACGAGAAUCCGGUCGACUUUACCUCGAAUCCCCAAGGUGGAAUUUCCACAUCUAUUUUUCCUUCGCUUAAUAAUAAUGGCCUGUCUGCGCUGCCCAAGAAGCUUUCAGAUGCGUCUCACUUGCCCUUGUCAAUUGGGGGGUUUCAGGCAAGCUCCAAGCGGAAGCUUUCCCUUGCUGUUGAAUCUCAAUCAGACCAAUCCUCCAGGAACCUCAGGCCCCGCCUUGCCCCAGAACAAUCAGAGGAGCCUGAGCAACCAGAGGAGCCUGAGCAACCAAAUGUAGCAGUUGAAGAUCGUGAACCGAAUGAACCUGAUAUUCUAGAAUCGGUUUAUUCCCGACUAACUUUGCAACAGCUAACGGAAGUCCAGCGCACUUGCGAACGCCUUCAUUCACACAACCUCGCUGCCUUUGUAGAAAAGUACUCCUGUACCUGGAAGGUCUCUGGUUUCUGGAGCGGCCCUUCCUGGAAUGACUCAAGCUCCUCGAAUUCCGCCCAAAAGCCCAAUCGUGCCAGUCUUAUGACCUAUUUAAUGCGCCUGCACAAUGAGAAUGACAUGCAUGAUGUAAAGCUACGUGUUGCUCGAUGUUCUCUGUUUCUGUUUUUUGUCAGAGAAAUCGAGUGUGAACGUCAACGGGGCACAGCAGAGACUGCUCUGAAAAGGAAUGUCGUCAGCACGCUUUGCAACUCGAGAGGCUUGACACCAGUCGAGAAAAGAAAACUCCACAAAUCUUUCCACAAUGAAAAGAAAAUCGGUGAGUAUUGGUGGUGGUGUGUGUACUACUUCGGCCCCAGUUUUCUUAUUCGGUGCAGCAAAGAAGCAGGCAAAAAAAUAAACAAUUCCCGUUUCCCGCUGGAUGCUAUGAUUGCAUACGCCCUGCAUGGGAACCCUCCUGCCGCAAAGUCUUAUCCCGCCCUUGAUGAGGCCGUGGUCCAUUUGCUGAUCACAGGCAAGUUUUCCGACAAGUUCUCACUACAAGACGUCCAAAAGUGGGGGAAACCCCCGCCACAGAAUCUAUUGCGCUUAAGGCAUGGCGACCUUUUAGUGCUGAAGCGGUCACUGAGGAGGCUCUCGCGAGCCUAA